GCUCGCAUCCUGAUAGGUUGCGCCGCUGUGUCGAGAUCGAUGUUCCUAACAGUUAGCUUAGUCUGUUUGUAGUAAACAGCGGGAAUCCAAGUGGCGGACGGAAGGAUAUUAGUUCAUCACUUUCAAGAUACAUAGGAUGUAAACUAUUCUAUCUAGAGAUAGAGGAAAUGUAGUGAUCGAAACAUUGAUGUGGUAAAUACUGUGAUUAUUGAUUUGCUAGAUGCCGAGAUCUACGACUCGUAUAGGUAGGAUGGGCUGAGUCCGGCUGACUACGUGAAGACGGGGAAGUUCACUACCGCAAUGAAGUUGAAAGAAUGUUUGUACUUCGUCUUCAUUUUGCUCGUCAGGGAAUCAGACGCUGAUGCGUCCAAGAAUGUGAUCCCGACUGUGGUUAGGCGGUCGGCCAACACGGAGGGGUUGGUAUGCCUUCUCGUCUCCAAACGCGGUUCGUUCAACUUGGAUGAAUCUCAUCACAGAAACCGUCGUAGAGGCGUCAGCGAUCCUUCCAAUCGCCCUAAGAGUGUAACGCGAAAAUUAGCCGCGGCUGUCAGUGAAGAUGAUAAGCGUAAGACUCAAAUCUUACAGGGAACUAAUCGAAACCUAUCUGAUUUUACGGGAGACCAAAAUUAUGUUCAUCAUCGUGAACUUGGUGAACCUAUUAGAUACAUGCGUAAUGUGAGCCUGAAUCUUUCUGUUUAUCAAAACAAUGAAAAUGAAUAUAAUGGAUCAUUAGCAGGUCUCACAUACCCUUUCAAUGCUCCUAUAAUCCAGCAAGAUGAAAUAUUUGAUCGACCACCUGAACGAAAAUCAUAUGCACUUCAUCAGCACCAUGUCGCUUCAAGAGAAGAGUUCUCUUCAUCGACGCCGACUAACCAUGGCUCACGUCAAGUCCGUUCCAAAGGUGAUCAGCAAUAUCCUUUACUAAGACCCACAGCUCCGGAGCAAUCUCAUCGCGUUGUGCAGCUCACUCGUCCAAUGGUGAAAAUUUCCUUGAUGGUCGUCACUUCUUCCCACGACUUGCAGUACGACGGUGGAGAAGUGGUCGUGGAGAAGCAACUUCUUCGUCGCGGUAUGCACACCUUGCACUUCAAGCACGUCAUAGAGGAGAACGAGCACCGUCUGAAAGUGUUAAUUGACAAGCAAGAAUGUGAGUUCCGAAGCUCCAAGCCCCGUCGCUCCGACCAGUACCAGUUCCUUGAAGUCAGGAUCAAACUGCAGGGACCCGUAACGUUUGUGGGCAACAAGUCUUGCGAAGAAUCCUCCGUGGCUGGGAAUGAAGGCAACGACGCAUCCCCGCCCUCCAAGAAGCCCGUUUUCAUUCCCGGGGUAGGAGUGGACGCCCAGCCUCCUGGGGAGGAUUUACCUUCUUCUGACGAAGGGGAAACUCCUCCAUCCUCUCCAGAUGUGUACCCAUUGAAGGCGAUCGUCAAUGAAGUCGUCAAGAACAGAACUAUAAUGCACAAAAUCAUGCUCAACUCGACGGUCUAUGACUCGUCCAUCAGUAUAUCUUAUAUCAACAACAGUGCGCUCGUCAACACAGCAGUUGAUAACUCAAUAGUACUCAAUUCAGUCGUACAAAACUCUACACUCAUCAACAGCACAUUGCAAAAUGUUAAUCUCAUCAACUGUGAAGUCAUAAACUCUCGCACCAUCAAUUCAAAUAGUGUAAACACUAAGGUGAUCAACCUCUUGCCACGCAAUGUUAGUCGGGACUUUGGUUUUGAUCCCGAGCAAGAUCAAAUCACCUUUGAAGAAUUUGAUGGAUCAACUGGAGGAGGUAAUAAUUCAGUAAAAGAUAACGACGAUGUUGGUGGGGUUGAUAUUACGCUGAUGGUUUUUGGAGUGCUGGGUCUGAUUGUGUUGGUGAUAGCCACAAUUGGCGUAGCACUGCUCAUCUCAAGACGCAUCAUUAAAAAAAGGAAGGAAAUGCUUCUUGUUCGUAGUGCUGUGAUGGGAAGUGUUAAAAGCUGGUGACGAAUCACUAUCAUUUUAGGAACCGCGAGUUUUGUAAAUUUCGUAGACCGCAUUACUUUCCUUUGCUAUGUAAUGUUAUGGUCUUCAGAGUUUUGUUUUGGCCGUGUCAUACGUGAAGGCCGCCACACUGGCUCGCAUCUGCGUUGCAGAGUGGCCUCGAUUUCGUGUUAGCAUUAGCGUGUCUGUACUGACCUCUUCAUAGUGUUUUGGUCUCGAUCAUUAGUGUUUGACCUUCCAAUAAGCUACUGACGAGUCGUUGAAUUGUUUUACUGGUUAUCUUGUCGCUGGGUGAGCUUCCCAGCUCCUCACAGACCAAUUUCAGUAACACGUAAUGCUUCAGUGUACAUGGAACUUCCAUCACAGGUAUAUUUAUUGUACAGAAUAAUUUUACGUAUGAAAUUAUUGUGUAUAUAUACUCCGAACCUUAGGCGGGAUAAUACAGGUCCCAAUGUAAAUUGCAACAAAUCUACGCGUGCUGCAACCGCGGCUCUUCAGCCUAUCUAGCUUUCUUCGUUGCGCUGCUUCCACUCAUCAUUUUAGGACCCGUCAAGUGUGGUAUGGCGUGGAGACGUUGGUACGGUGUCGGUGAGACUUCAUGCUGUAAUUAAAUACUUUAACAUUUUGUACUUCAGAUCGAAGCAAAGCAAUUGCAACCCGUUGGUCGCGUCUUGGCCAAAUUUUGUAUCGUUCAAUGCAUUUCACACUAAGAUUAAACUUGAGAAUCCCCAUUCUGACUACUUGCAUCAAUUACAUCCAGUGGUGGUACGUAAGCAACCAUUAGCUAUAUUUCAACCGUUAUAUGUAAAACUAAUUGAUUUUGCUACAUGUGGUAUGUGAUGAAGUUACUUUCUUCAAUACAUUUCUUCCACUUGGUUUCA